UCCGCUCGGAGCCCGCGUGGGCUGCAGCGCUCGGUGCCAAACCCGCCAUCGCCUGCUUGUCGCAGGGGGGGAAGGGAUCCCGGGGGGGGGGCACACGCACACGUACACGGCGACAAGACACCCCCGGGACGGCCGGUGGGGUCCCCGCGGCGUGCCGGGCUCCCGGCCCCCCGGGGGGCUCCGAGCCCCGCGGCGGCACCGGGCGGGACACGGGGGUCCCCGGGGGAGCGCGUGCGGCCGUGGGUGUGUGCGGGCGGGCACGGGGCUCUGCCGAGGCUCCACUGAGCCCCACCCCUGCACGGGGACCCCCCUCCCGGCCGGGGCCAUGCUGGGGGGUCCGGAGCGGGGCGCGGGGCGCCUGCGGAUCUGCGAGCGGACCAAGCUGGUGCUGGUGGAGAUCGACACGGUGGCGUGUUGCAGCUCGGGCGCAGGCAUGGCUGCGGGGUGCCGGCCAGAGCCCCCCUGGACCUACCGCCGCAUCGCCGGGGAGUACGCGUACCUGGAGAAGCGCUUCGUGGCCGAGCUGGCCCCCCCCUGGCCCCCCGUGCCCCCCAGUUCCUCCCGACGCCUGCAGGACUUCGCCCCCCGGCCCCGGGUGCCCCCCACCCCCUGCCCCCCACGACAGCCCGAGGGGACGGGGGGCAGCGGACCCUGGGGGGGGAACCCACCGCCCACGCCCCGGCCUCCGGUGCCGGUGGGCAAGUUGUGCCCCCCCACCUACGAGGUGCACAUGCAGCGGGUGCAGGCGGCCCAGGCCGCCGGGGGGGACCCCCCCCCCUACAUCUCCCCCCCCGCCUACGACGCUCCCCACCGCACCCUGCAGCUCCGGCCCCCCCGGGGACCCUGCAGCCCCCCGUCGGCACCCCAGGCCCGGGGGGCUGUGCCGGGGGGCUGGAGCCACACGCUGCCCCGGGCGGCCACCGAGGCCAAGCACCGGCGGCCCCGCGGGACGCAGCCCCCCCCGGGGGGGGCCGGCACCCCCCGGCACUGCCAGACGCUGCCGCGGGCGGCGGCCGGCCGGGAGCGGGUGCCGGGGCGCGGGAGGGGCCCUCCCCGCAGCCCUCCUGCGCCCCCCGGGGCUCUCACCCCCCCCGCAGCGCCCUCGCCCCCCCGGGAGCCCACCGGGAGCCCUCACAGUCCGUGGCGGAGCCCAGGGGGCUGUGGGGGUCCCCGGGGGCGGCCCCCCCCGCGGCGGCCGGUGCUGUACGCCCAGGCCCUGCGCGAGGCCGUGUCCCGCAUCCGCCGGCACACGGCGCCCGACUCCGACUCGGAGGCCGAGGGGAGC